GUUGUACGUCUUUGCUGGGGAUGGAGGGCGGAGCCAUCGAGGAGUCUCAGRUCACUGCGUCCUCCAUGCACUACGGGGUUCUGGGUCUGCAGCGCUGGGGCCCGGAGCUGGCCAGACUCAACAACCAGGGCAUGGUUAACGCCUGGACCUCAGCCUCACACGACAGGAACCCUUGGAUUGAGAUCAACAUGCAGAAGAAGAUGCGUCUGACGGGCAUCAUCACUCAGGGAGCCAGCCGCAUGGGGGCGGCMGAGUACAUCAAGGCCUUCAAGGUGGCGAGCAGCCUGGAUGGAGUCAGUUACAUCACCUACAAAGGAGACGGGCUGAGGAGGGAAAAGGUGUUUGUGGGGAACAACGACAACGACGGCACAAAGACCAACAUGUUCGACCCCCCUGUGGUGGCUCAGUUCCUGCGGAUCGUCCCCGUGGUGUGCCGCAGGGCGUGCACGCUGCGCAUGGAGCUGGUGGGCUGCGACCUCAACGUUUAUUCCGACCCGGCAGGUUGUUCAGAACCGCUGGGGAUGAAGUCCCGCCUCAUCUCUGACGAGCAGCUGUCGGCCUCCAGCACCUUCCGGACCUGGGGCAUCGACACCUUCACCUGGCACCCUCAGUUCGCCCGGCUGGACAAGGCGGGGAAGACCAACGCCUGGUCCCCGGCCCAGAACAACCGCUCCGAAUGGAUCCAGGUCGAUCUGGGGAAAACAAAACGCCUGACGGGCAUCAUCACUCAGGGAGCGAAGGACUUCGGGGUGGUCCAGUUUGUGUCAGAGUUCAAGGUGGUCUUCAGCCAUGAUGGAGUGGCGUGGAGCGCCGUGAAGGAGGAGGACGGCGGCCAUGAUAAGAUCUUCCAGGGAAACGUUGACAACAGUUCUCACAAGAAGAACGUCUUCCAGCCUCCGUUCUUCGCCCGCUACGUCCGCGUCCUCCCCUGGGCGUGGCACGAACGCAUCACUCUGCGCCUGGAGCUGCUGGGCUGCGACGACUGAGGACGCCCUGAAGCUCCGCCCACAUCCAUCUGCAGCCUGCCCAUCCACCCGCUGGCUCCUCCUCUAACCGCUGGCUCCUCCUCUAACUGUUAGCUCAUCCUCUAACUGUUAGAUCAGGGGUGUCAAACUCCUGUCCUCGAGGGCCGCUAUCCUGCAUGUUUUAGA